AUGCUUGGAGUAUCCUCGCUCACCUCGACUUGCGCGUACUGUCAUUGCCGUUUGAUUCUUCCCUUUGUGGUCCAAGCUUCUGGUGCGGAAUCGAAACGAUCUUGGACCAAGAUUUGCUCCCUGAACUACACACACCAACCUGACAAAUCAGACACGAUGGUAUUUGCUACCAACUCCGACGGCACUUGCGCCGAGCCCGUCGAUCUACUCGAUCGCCUCCACGAUGGUCACGACAAUGGUCACGAUGAUGGUAACGACGCUGGUGUCGACGAUGAUUACGAGAUCGGUGAACACAGUCUCCUUCCCGUACCGUUCCUCAACGUCUAUGAGAAUUUGCCUGCCAGUGCAUCCGAAAACCACCCGCACAUCAUUGAUACAGACCUGUGCUGCCUGGAAUUCGCCGACCCGGGGGCCAACUUUGAUGUCAAAAUUCAGGACGCAGUCGCCACUCUGCUCUACAAGAUCUCAAAAGACAUUCUGGGGCAGUUCCUCGACAAGCGCACUACAUCUUUCAAGCUCGUCCAGUCAAUCGAAGGCAUCCUCAACAAGGAACUCAAGCUCGUAAUUUGGAAGGAGGGAGCUCAAGUCCUCGUAGGCUCAUAUCUUGACUUCGUCGAGGCCGACUUUCUGAGAUGGAAUAACGUCGUUCGUUGCACUGUCAACUCCGAUGGCUCUUGGAAUCUCAUUUCAGCCACCUCUGCGACUGGAGAUACUAAACGAGAGCUUCAUCAUGUAUGGUCAGGCAAGUUCAUUCGGACCCGCUGGAGCAGCGACAUCGAGCGUAUGAUCUAUUGGUGCACAAAGGAAGAAAGUGCCUCAGGUUUCGGGGAGAGCAUGAUCAACCAUGAGUUCUGGGACUGCAAGACAAAGACCAAGUGGGACAUCGCGACCACUAUGACUGUCUGA